AUGUUACUGAGUGACGUGAUUUAUAGCUUCUUUCUCACAAGUCAGAUCUCUGUUGGUGUGCUGGCAAACUCACUGGUCUUCCUGAUAUAUGCGUACAUCUUCCUGAUCGAGCCACACCUGAAGAAGCCCAUGGAUGUGAUGUGCAUGCACCUGACUCUUGUCAAUACCGUAACUAUUGUGUUCCAGUCAACACCACAGCUCGUGUCCUCCUUUGGAGUCAAAGAUUUCUUGGAUGAUAUUGGUUGUAAGACGUUUUUGUACAUAUCCAGAGUGACUCGAGGCCUUUCCAUCUGCACUACGUCUCUGCUGAGUGUGUUUCAGGCCAUCACUGUCAGUCCCAGCCAUUCUAGAUGGGCGUGGCUGAAGUCUCAGCUGUCUCAGUGGAUUUUGCCCUCUUUGCUUUCCUUCUGGGUCAUCGACAUGCUGAUCUGCAUCUACAUCCUUGAAGCUGUGAGAGCCAGGUUGAAUUUCAGUGUAGUUGGUCUGAGGUAUGUUCAUGCCUACUGUGAAAGCAGGCCGCUUGAAGAGUACGUGCCAAUAUUAGUUUUAUAUGUUUUAAUGAUUCAUGACCUUGUGUGUAUGGUGCCCAUGGUCGGGAGCAGCCUCUACAUGGUGCUCAUCCUCUACAGACACCGCAGGAGAGCCCGGCACAUCCACAGCCUCACUCACUCUUCUCAGUCAUCUGCAGAAAACAAAGCCACCCGCACUAUCCUCCUGCUGGUGCUGUGCUUCGUGGUAUUUUAUUUUGCCAACAACCUUCUGAUGAUUUAUGGGUUGUAUGCCUCUGAGCAAAACGCAAGACUGGAGGGUAUUAAUGGAAUUUUAUCAUCGAGCUACCGGACAUUCUGCCCCUUUCUGUUGAUAAGGAAUAACAAAGUUUUUCUCAGAUUGACGUCCUGUUUUUCUAAGAUGCGAGUGAUCUUUUCCCGAAGAGCUUACAAUGGCUGA